AUGCGUUUUGGUUUACACACGGCCGGGUUAAGGGAACACUUCAACGAUGUGUGCAUUCAUGAGUCCCGGGGAGAGCACAGCUCUCAGGAAGCCGCAGGAAGCGUGCGCUUCCAGGAGGGUGUGCGGCUCGCGGGGGUCUGCACGCGCGCAGAGCUUGUUAACGGAGGGCGUGCCGGAGGCGUGGCGCGAGGUGUCCGGGCGAGGCGCUCCGCGAGGCGGACGGCGGUGGGCGGGCUGCGGGGAAGCGCGGCCGGGGAAAGGCAGCGCUGCGCCGCGAGCUGCUCCCAGCUCCCGCUCUCCCGGCCGCCGAGCCGAGCCGCCGUGGGCGGGGCCUGCGGUGAUUGGCGGGCGGGCGGGGAGGUCGGAAGUACUUUGUUUUUUAUGCUAAUGAGGGAGUGGGGCUUGUCCGUAUUUACGUUGAGGCGGGAGCCGCCGCCCUUCAUUCACCCACAUGGCCCUUCGAGGUGCUGCCGUCGCCGCCCGACCUGCGCCUUCGCGCCACUUCGCGCCCUCGGGCGAGGCCGAGGGGGUGGGGACGACCCCCGCCGCGUAGUCGCGGCUCGCGCCCCUCGCGAAGCUCCUUGGCGGGGCCGGCCGGUCGGCCGGCCGCACCCCCGGCCUGGGGCCUCCGGUCGUAGUAAAGCGGAGGCGGGUGGGGAGGCGGGAGCGAGAGCCCGCGGCGGGCGAGGCGAAGAUGGUGGCGGCUACUCCUCCUGUCAUACACGUGGACCUAACUGCACCAAAAGCUUUUCUAAGGAUACUUGCAAGAAGAAAGUUUUCCCUAGUGGCAGGAAUAAAGAGAACAUCACCUUGUGAGACUGAAGAUUGUGACCAGUCAGAAUAAUGUCAAAGUGCUUACAGUGCAGGUAGUGAUAUGUGCAUCUACUGCAGUGAAGGCACUUGUAGCAUUAUGGUGACAGCUGCCUCGGGAAGCCAAGGUGGGCUUUAAAGUGCAGGGCCUGCUGGUGUUGAGUGCUUUUUGUUCUAAGGUGCAUCUAGUGCAGAUAGUGAAGUAGAUUAGCAUCUACUGCCCUAAGUGCUCCUUCUGGCAUAAGAAGUUAUGUUUUCAUCCAAUAAUCCAAGCCAAGCAAGUAUAUAGGUGUUUUAAUACUUUUUGUUUGCAGUCCUCUGUUAGUUUUGCAUAGUUGCACUACAAGAAGAAUGUAGUUGUGCAAAUCUAUGCAAAACUGAUGGUGGCCUGCUAUUUCCUUCAAGUGAUUUUUACUAAUUUUGUGUACUUUUAUUGUGUCGAUGUAGAAUCUGCCUGGUGUAUCUGAUGUGACAGCUUCUGUAGCACUAAAGUGCUUAUAGUGCAGGUAGUGUUUAGUUAUCUACUGCAUUAUGAGCACUUAAAGUACUGCUAGCUGUAGAACUCCAGCCUCGGCCUGUCGCCCAGUCAAACUGUCCAGUUACUGAACACUCUUCUAUGGUUAGUUUUGCAGGUUUGCAUCCAGCUGUGUGAUAUUCUGCUGUGCAAAUCCAUGCAAAACUGACUGUGGUAGUGAAAAGUCUGUAGAAAAGUAAGGGAAAAUCAAACCCCUUUCUACACAGGUUGGGAUCGGUUGCAAUGCUGUGUUUCUGUAUGGUAUUGCACUUGUCCCGGCCUGUUGAGUUUGGUGGGGAUUGUGACCAGAAGAUUUUGAAAAUUAAAUAUUACUGAAGAUGCGACUUCCACUUUAAACGUUCCAGAAAUGUAAAGUGUUUUUAAAACCUUUGUAAUUUUAAUUUUGAAAUUCAUCUAUACAACUUUCUGUUUCUUAAACUGAAGUUUUGUCAUAAUUUUGUGCUAAAACAUUCUGAGGUUGCAUGUCAGGAUUAUAAGUUUUUACUAUAUUGGAAUAGAUUUAUUAAGUAUUUGAUUUUAAUCGUGUCUGUGAAGGAAAUUUAUUUUAAUAAAUGUAUGAUAAUUUGUGAAGUUGGGAGAUGCCUUUUUGCUUUUUUAGAGUUGGUAUUUGCACUGUCUUCAUCCAAAAGUUAAUAAUUGCAUUGCUUGUGCAUUGUUUAUUUAAAUUUGGUGAAAACACUCUGUUUAAAGCAAUGUAUUAAGAAAGUUGUGGGGUUUGGUUGCUUUUUAAGCAUGUUAAUUGACAUUUGGGGAGGGGAGGUUGUCUUGUUUCUAGUAAUCAAAUACUCUUUUACCAGUACUGGUGUUCUUAAUGUAUAACUGUUAACUGGUUACAUACUAGUUUUCUUAGUAAUUAUCUGUGCUGUAUAAACAGUUAGUGGUCCUUAGACUGUUGUUAACUUUCUGGAACUUAAAAAACAGGAGUUAAAAAGAAGACACACUGAUGCUAAGCAGAGUGACAAGUAUGUGUGUGUGGACAUGUCUCAUGCCAAGAGUGUAGGCUGGGAGUCUGGAGUUAGGUUUGCUCUAAUGCUGUAAUACUAUUAGUACUUCUCCCUUCAUAAACCGGACUUUUGCAGCAUUGAUAGUUGGUCUAGGCAUAUGUGACUUCAAGUCACUGGAGUGGAACCUAAGAAGUGGCAGUAACAGUAUUUUAUUCAACAUUUCUGCCUUUUCUUUCAUGUGUUUGUGUCUAGCCUGUGUUUUCACCUUGUAGAAGAAUGUGGGUUAACUUGAGAAUAAUCAGGUUUUAAAGGAUCCGUUGUUAAAAUUGGAUCCAAGCUAAAUUUUGAAGGAAAGCUGUAAUAUGGAGUAAAUUUGCCAUAACUUAUUUAUUAUACCGUGUUAUAAAAUAGAUUAUGUAAAAUCUGAACAUGGAAAGCUUAACUGCUAAUGUAUCCCUUUUUAAAGAAACUUAGAGUUUAAUCAUGGAUCCCUGAAUAGAAAGGUAAGAGUUUCAUAGUUCUGGAGUGAUUAUUAAAAGGUAACUUUUCAGAGAGAAAAUACAAAGAAUUGUGCAACGAUUAAUAAAAUGAGGAUCUAAUUGUCCUUUGAGUUCUUAAACCUUUUGAAUUGAAAACCUUAAAGUGGUUUUGUUUUGAUCAUUUAAUGACAAAUACUGCUUUAAAUGUUUUUAAAGCCCCAUAAGGUUAGCAUGGGUUAUAGUAGUCUCCAGAAAGAUGUGCCAUGGUGAUUAGUGAAAAAAGUGAUGUUUACUCCACCAAACCAUAUAAUUUCAUUUUAAAGCUUUUAGCAUUACUAUUUAACAUAGAAUAGUGAUAAGACAUUUAGAGGAUUUCUUUACAUGCUAAAAUGGAAGUCAGAUUUUAAAUAAAAUCUUAAAUGGUUAACUUUUCUCCCUAGAUGCUGAACCUUUGUAGUAUUUGUGUUCAGAACUCAAUUGGACUGUAACUAGACUUAACACACACAUUUAUUAACUUGUUUGGUGGCUGUUUUCUUGUGAGGUUGGCAGUAGGGCUGAGGUUGUCUAGAGUUCACUAGGAAUUGCAUUUUAUUUGUUUCUGGUUUUAAAAUGCGUGGCAAAGUUUAUGUUCAGGAUUCUGUUAAGAUUUUCUUAAACAAUACAACAUAGUUUUCAAGUAGCACUAACAAAAAGCCAUCUAAAUAUAAUUAGCCAUUUUGAGAUACAAAUAAUUUGAACACCUUGAUUAUAGCUCAUAAUUGCCUGCCUUCUCUCUAAUUGACCGGGGAGGGGGGAAGCUCUAACCUUUUUUGUAUUUUAACCUUGUUAAGAAUUGAGUAUUAGGGUACUAUUGCUUGAGUUUUGAUAGCUUUAAGAUUAUUUUCAGGAAAAAUAAGUUUUUCUAUUUUUUUGCAUGUUAUACAUGUAUGAUUCUUAGCCUGUGUUUAAAAGGAAAGCACUUACAGCUUUAUGAAUUUUCAAAACUGCAAAGUAGUGGUGAUUUUACUAAAAACUUUGAGAUCUUCAUUUUACAGGCAGACCAGUCUAAACAGAACAAGCCAGAGUUGGGUUUUUCCCUGUAGUUUGAAGAGCCCUACAGAAUGAUUCCUGACAAAAUGCAACCUGCAAUUGCCUGGAGAACAAUUCAGUAUUAUGUUAAAGUUUAUUAUGUAUUUAGUGAAAUAUUGUUCUGUUAGAAGUUGACAACUAUGGUGUAGUUGUCUAGCAUUAGAAAACUAGCCUUUCGGCUGAGUAGUAAAGGUAAGGAGAGCACAAGUAUGCAAAGGCCAGUAUUUGGUGUCCAACUAAAAAUAAGAUCAUCAUGUCUAAUUGAGUCUUUGCAGAUUAUCCUUUGCCUUAGAGGUUGUUUAGCCUACAUUGUUUUUAAAGUCUGAAUUAAUAUAGUUUUCUGUUUUUAUAAGUUCAGUUCCAGAUGUAAUAUUCCUAAAGAGUUUUAAAGGAUAACUCAGAUGGAUGUAUCCCAUGAAUUUUAAGACAGUAGGAAAAUUGUUAAGGCUUAAUUCCAGUAAUUUGAGCAGGCAUAGCAUUCAGAGGCCGACUUCUGUAUUUGCAAUUUAGUCAUGCUGUUUGAGUUGUUUGGUGCGUUUAAUGUAAACAAAUAAAGUUCCAUAUUUUCAGACUGUUUGUUAAGAAAUUGUCCAGAAUGAGCAUAUUAAAAUAAAAAUUUUAAGGUCA